CACUGUCCACUCGGUAUUUGUUGCCAUUCGUACACGGGCCGAGCGAUCACCUGGUUUGACCACGGAAUUUGUUCCUGCAGUUGGGCGUGAUAUGGCAAAGGUUUCGACGGGAUCAAUUCAAGGCAAAGAAGCUGAUUGCUUGCAUCUCUUGGAUAUUUACCGGAAUUCACUUACGACUCACAACCGUCAUCAAACUCACACGGGAGAUAACGAUUCGAAUCAUGCAGCUGUCUGGUUACCAGAUUUAGAAAUUGAAGCUUGCGUAACAAUCAUGUUGGUGAUCACAAAGUAUAUGACCGGAAAGUGUUGCCCAAGAAGAGAAGGUGCUAUGCACCUCGCACCAAGAUAUAGCGCACCAAGCGGCAAACCUCUCUUCCAACAUACAUAUCCGCCUUCAUAUAUUCACUCAUUCUUGCGCCGCCUAUUUAGAAAAUAUUGA